UGUUGAUGUGGCCGGGUCUCUGAAGCUCCACGUCACUCGGAUCCUGAGCUGAAUCAGAGCCGGAGAGGAGAGCGCAGACCCGGGCAGGAGAGGAGCGCCGACCCGCUGAACAGGAAAAAACGUAGCCCCAGUCAUUGCCUGGUGUCUCCGGAAGGGGGAUAGGAUCUGUCUGGCACCAUGACAGCAGCGGAGAAUGUGUGUUAUACCCUCAUCAAUGUAACCAACGACUCAGAACCCCCCUCAGAAGUCAGCCUUAAAGCUGAUUUAGAAAAGGGGGAGAUAAAAGCCAAAACAGAGGCUUUGAAGAAGGUCAUCAUCAUGAUCCUGAAUGGUGAGAAGCUGCCAGGCCUCUUAAUGACCAUCAUCAGAUUUGUGCUCCCUCUGCAAGACCACACCAUUAAAAAGCUUCUACUGGUCUUCUGGGAGAUUGUGCCCAAAACCACACCUGAUGGGAAACUGCUGCAGGAGAUGAUUCUGGUCUGUGAUGCCUACAGGAAGGACCUGCAGCAUCCCAACGAGUUCAUCCGUGGCUCCACCCUGCGCUUCCUGUGUAAGCUGAAGGAGUCUGAGCUGCUGGAGCCGCUGAUGCCGGCCAUCCGUGCCUGUCUGGAACAUCGCCACAGCUACGUCCGCCGCAACGCCGUCCUCGCCAUCUACACCAUCUACAGGAACUUCGAGAAUUUGAUCCCAGACGCCCCAGAGUUGAUUCAUGAUUUUCUGGUAAAUGAAAAAGAUGCAAGCUGCAAGAGAAACGCGUUUAUGAUGCUGAUCCACGCUGACCAGGACAGAGCCCUGGAUUACCUCAGCACCUGCAUCGAUCAGGUCCACACUUUCGGAGACAUUCUGCAGCUUGUUAUUGUGGAGCUAAUCUAUAAGGUGUGCCAUGCAAACCCGUCUGAGAGAGCACGCUUCAUCCGGUGCAUCUACAACCUGCUGCAGUCCUCCAGCCCAGCGGUGAAGUACGAGGCUGCAGGAACCCUGGUUACCCUUUCCAGUGCUCCCACUGCCAUCAAGGCUGCAGCUCAGUGCUACAUUGAUCUGAUUAUUAAAGAGAGCGAUAACAACGUAAAGCUGAUAGUUCUGGACCGGCUGAUCGAGCUGAAGGAACACCCCACCCACGAGCGCGUUCUGCAGGAUCUGGUGAUGGAUAUCCUGAGAGUUCUGACCACCCCGGAUCUGGAGGUCCGUAAGAAGACGCUGCAGCUGGCUCUGGACCUGGUAUCGUCCCGUAACGUGGAGGAGUUGGUGAUCGUGCUGAAGAAGGAAGUGAUCAAGACCAAUAACGUGACGGAGCACGAGGACACGGAUAAAUACAGACAGCUGCUGGUUCGCACUCUGCACUCCUGCAGCGUUCGAUUCCCCGACAUGGCUGCUAAUGUCAUUCCUGUGCUGAUGGAGUUCCUGAGCGAUACGAAUGAAGCAGCAGCAGCUGAUGUGUUGGAGUUUGUGCGGGAGGCCAUCCAGAGAUUUGACAACCUCAGGCCACUCAUUAUCGAGAAGAUGCUGGAGGUCUUCCACGCCAUCAAGACCGUGAAAAUUUACAGAGGAGCUCUGUGGAUUCUGGGAGAAUACUGCAGCACCAAAGACGACAUUCAGAGCGUGAUGACGGAAGUGCGCCGGUCGCUCGGAGAGAUUCCCAUAGUGGAGAACGAGAUAAAGAAGGAGGCCGGAGAGGUGAAGCCUGAGGAGGAGGUCAGUGCAGCACCAGCCCAGAAACUGGUCACAGAGAUGGGUACCUACGUCACUCAGAGCGCCCUCAGCUCCUCCAGACCCUCCAAGAAAGAGGAGGACAGGCCUCCACUGAGGGGCUUCCUCAUGGACGGAGAUUUCUACGUUGCUGCAUCUCUGGCAACCACACUCACUAAAGUAGCCCUGCGCUACGUAGCUAUCGUUCAGGAUAAAAGGAAGCAAAACUCGUUUGUGGCAGAGGCUAUGCUGAUCAUGGCCACCGUGCUCCAUUUGGGAAAGUCCUCUCUGCCGAAGAAGCCGAUCACAGACGACGACGUGGACCGCAUCUCGCUGUGUCUGAAGGUGCUGUCCGAGUGUUCGCCUCUGAUGAACGACAUCUUCAACAAGGAGUGCCGCCGGUCCCUGUCCCACAUGCUCGCCGUACGCCUGGAGGAGGAGAAGCUCUCUCAGAAGAAAGAGUCGGAGAAGCGUAACGUGACGGUGCAGGCGGACGACCCCAUCUCCUUCAUGCAGCUGACGGCUAAGAACGAGAUGACCUCUAAAGAGGACCAGUUCCAGCUCAGCCUGCUGGCAGCCAUGGGGAACACGCAGAGGAAGGAGGCAGCCGACCCGCUCGCCUCCAAACUCAACAAGGUGACGCAGCUGACGGGUUUCUCAGACCCGGUCUACGCCGAGGCCUACGUCCACGUCAACCAGUACGACAUUGUCCUGGAUGUGCUGGUAGUCAAUCAAACCAGUGACACUCUACAGAACUGCACUUUGGAACUGGCCACACUGGGUGAUCUUAAACUGGUGGAGAAGCCGUCUCCUCUCACUCUGGCUCCACACGACUUCGCCAACAUCAAAGCCAACGUCAAAGUGGCCUCUACAGAGAACGGCAUCAUAUUUGGGAAUAUCGUGUAUGACGUGUCGGGAGCAGCCAGCGACAGGAACUGCGUGGUCCUCAGUGAUAUUCACAUCGACAUCAUGGACUACAUUCAGCCCGCCUCCUGCACAGACGCCGAGUUCAGACAGAUGUGGGCGGAGUUCGAGUGGGAAAACAAGGUUACAGUUAACACCAACAUCUCAGACCUGAACGAGUAUCUUCUGCACAUCCUCGGCUCCACCAACAUGAAGUGCUUAACUCCUGAGAAGGCUCUCUCUGGGAUCUGUGGUUUCAUGGCUGCUAAUCUGUACGCUCGCUCUAUCUUCGGGGAGGACGCCCUGGCAAACGUCAGCAUUGAGAAACCCAUCCACCUGGGUCCAGACGCUCCAGUCAACGGCCACAUCCGCAUCCGGGCAAAGAGCCAGGGUAUGGCGUUGAGUUUGGGUGACAAGAUCAACCUCUCCCAGAAGAAAACCAUCUCCUAAAGCUUUAGGCUGACCUGGGCUCUGCACCUGAGUGAGGAUUCACCUGGAAGCUCUGUGUGUGGUUCUCUUUAUCUCCUGUGUCCUCUGUCUCUUGUCUCCUGUCUGUCCUGUCUCCACUGAGUCGCCCGUUUUACUGGGUAAUCCUGUGAAAUAUGCGUGAGAGGAUUAUUCAGCGUUUCUACAACACGGCUCUUCUUAAACACUCUGAGAGGAUCGUCUCCUCGUUAAUCUGUAUUCUGUUUCAAUAAACCUUUACUCCACAUCACA